GAGCUAUGAUGCAGACAGCAAAUCACAUGAGCAGGGAUCUGUUUACAAACUGAGACCUUUAGACAGAGAACGUGGGGAAGAGAGACGAGGAAGGAGAGUGAAUGUGAGAAGAAAAGAGAAAAAAAAGAAACCACAGGCGGAGAGAGGAGACCCUAGGUUUGAGUUACCAUUGGCUGCAUUGUCUUCCUGCAUUGACAUACCUCCCCGUGUUCUGUGUUCACAGCAGGAAGCCGGGGGAAGAGAUGAGUUGCUGCUUUCCACGGGAACACUGAGAGGCUGCCUGCCUGCUUGGCUGGCUGUGCUGCCGGGAGAACCCGUCCACGUCCCUCCCUUUGUCUCUCCAUAAUUGGCAACGGCAGGUUUUCACAGCCAGAGAGGACGAAAGCGGCGUGGAGAUCUAAAAGGAGCGGACAGAGGAGUGAGAAGAAAGGGAAAAGAGAACAGAAGAAGAGGAAGGGAAGGACAGCCUUGUCACAGUGUUUUGAAGGGGGAAACAAAGCCAGAGGAUCAUAACAAAAGUGCUGUAUGGGAUUUGGAAUACAUUUCCUUGUCUUGUCAGUGACAUUGGUGUCUUCUCAUCAGCACAACUCGGAUUCUUUGUCAUUUGUGGGGAAUGCACAAAGGAGCACUUUAGUUUCUACCUCUGAUACAUUCGCAGCCGUCUGGGAGUCAAAAUCUCACAUAAGUGGAUGUUUUUUAUGACAUUCAUGGGGUAAAAUCAUCCCAGCAGACUGAAACAUUGUGUUCAAGGUCCUAGGUGUCUCUGAUCAGGUGUACUGACUCUAGACCACAAGGAUUUAACACAGGUAUAAGAGGAACCUGGAGGCGGACAUCAUUUUCAGUGCUGGAAACAAUCCCAGAAAAGUUGUGCAAAUCAUAGUUUGUGAUACUGGAACGGCUUACUGGGUUUGCUAUAUGAACAUUUGAUGCAUCCUGUCCACUGGUGUAACGGGUGUCUAUGUAACCUCGGACUGCAGAACUCUGAUCCUUACUGCAAGAUGACAUCAGAAACAUUGCACGAACUGCCGCUCAACGUCUACAUAAUCAUCCUGGGCAUUGGCCUCUUCAUCCUCAUGCUCAGCCUCAUCUUCUGCUGCUACCUGUUCAGACUGAGGCGACGAGGUGCUAGAGGGCAGUACGGCUACAACGAGGUUGUUUUAAAAGGAGCGGAGAAGAAACUGAGCCUACUUGGUCAAACAUGUGCGGUGUGCUUGGAAGAGUUUCGCAGCAGGGACGAGCUUGGAGUGUGCCCGUGUUCCCAUGCUUUUCACAAAAAGUGUCUGCUAAAAUGGUUAGAGAUUCGCAGCGUGUGCCCCAUGUGCAACAAGCCCAUUUGUCGCCUCCAGCCUGACCACCAGCAACCAGUGCCUCAGAGUCUCCUGGAGGUCUGAGAGUGGAGCGUACGUCCAGCAGCACUCCACGGCUCUUCAGUCAAUUGACCUGUCACUGUACAGAAUCCUGUUCCACAAUCUGACACACAGUACUUUUAGUAAUGUGAGUAUUUAUGAGGCAGAGCUCUUCUGAAAGUGAAAAUAAAUAUAGAUAUGAGAGUAAAUAAGGAAAGCCAAAGAACAUUCCCGGCAAACUGAAUAAGGUGAGAGAUUGGAAUGGUAACCACAUUUAAUCUGUAUGUACACGGCAUUCAUGAUAGAGUUGCAGUAGGUUGAAAUCAACCAAAGGCAGAAAAAAGGAGAAAGUUCAAAAAUAACCAGCCAUCUCAUAUGGCUUUCCCAUCAUUGAAUUCACAGAACUCAAACCUCUCUCUCCCACCUGAAGGUCCUGCAUGUUCCUGCUUGGAAUUCAUUUCUUUAGAUAAAAGGUGUACACUUGCAAUUUAGAGUCUAUUAAUUUAGUUUGGUGUUAUUCUCCCUUUGUGCAGCCAUGCACAGCUCCAAGUGCUCUGGGUAUGUUUGGAUCACCCACUCAUGACUAGCUUUGCAGACACAAAACAGACUUUUUUUAAAGUCAAACUAACACAACCAUGAUAGCGAUGAUCAUCACUAUCGACCAUAGCUGGGAAUGGCCCAGAGACCAGAAAGCAGUUUCUAGUGGAGGACUUGUUUAAGGCCAAAAAGGCAUAUGAGGUCAGAAGGUAGCACUAAGUUUUUCAGUUUUGGCUCUCUUCAAGUUUGUCCUCUUUUCCCAGCUGGCAUCAAGUGAGGUUUGACUGUUUUGAACAGAGGUGGAAGAGAUUCAGUGAGCAUGGGCACACCAAGAGUUAGCAAUCCAAGUGGAGCAGACGUGGAGGGAGAGGUGCAGCACUUCACAGUGGGAUAAUCUGGAGUCAGAUUUAAAUAAAGCUACUUUUUAAUGGUGUGGUCACAGAAUUAUUAUUUCACCUCUUGGCGAUCAGCUAUUCCAGUCUGUGCGGAUUGCCUCGCCGAUCAUGAGCUAGCUUUUUAAAGCCUGAAAACAAAACCCAGAGAAAGUGCAGCAGUCCACUUUCCUCUGCAACUGCUGGAUUACAGCGUGCUGGGAGGUUAUCGAUUUUCUUUUUUUUCAUUGUUGCCAAAACGAUUUUGUCCACUGUAGCUUUAACACAGUCAAGCCAGAUGUGUAAACUAAUGGACAAGUGCCUUCAAGAUGCAUACAAUGCAAAGCCCACUAAAAACAGAUGAAGUAUUUAAGAGACUUUGUAAUAUAAAAGAGAAAAAGAAACUGGAUUUGAAGUGAAAAAUGUAGCAUCCAUGUAGUUUUGUCAAAAAAACAAACAAACAACAAAAACAACAAUAACUCAGACCACAAAUCAUGCUUCCCUUCAUCAACCUGUGAUGACAAAGUUGUUACGAUUCGUGUUUGAAAUUCAGUUUGCUGGUUAUGGUGGAAGAGUCGGUGCUACAUGUGAACAGUGAAAGUGAAACUUGUCAGACAUAAGUCUAAACUUCAGACUUCAAAAGGCUCCAGUUUAAUAUAGACACAAGUUUUGCUUCAGGUUGUUGAUCAAGUGGGGUCAGAUAAUAUAGCUUUACUAUAACUGAACUAAUGAGAUUAUUUCUGCCUUCAGAGCAGCUCUGCCUCUGAGAAAUGUUUGUAUGACAAACUCCAGUCUGCUUGUUUUUUUUGUUCUUUUACUUUACCCAAAAAUGACAUGCAGCUCCUUGUGAACAUGAUUUGCUUUGAUCGUUUGCUACAUUUUCAUAGAGCCUGAGAAAAAAAGUGCAGUCUCUUGACAAUGUUAUGAAGAGAUCUGAACCUCCUUUGUCUCUGUGUGAUGAGACGACAACGAUGAUGAUGAUGAUGAUGAAUGCAGAGACUGUAAAGAAAGUGCAAAAUGACCCACGGGGCUGAUUUAACUUAAGGAAAUGGGAUUAUUUUGAACUAACAAGAGGAAGAGGUGUAUUUAUUCAGGUGUAUCUACUAUUUCUCAGUCAGCUCUGUACUAUACUGGGUUGCCAAGCUGAGUGAAGGUAGCCAUGUCCCAAAUGUCUCGAGUGACUCACCCACUAAAAUAUACCUGAUUUUGAUAUUUGUUUCUUCUUCUUUAAAAAAAAAAUCAUAACAAGGUUUCAGUAAAAUAUACUGUGAGUCUGUGAUGACACAGCACUUUUGCAGGAGUGCUAACAUGAACUAAUUCAUCUUUAAGGCAAUCUUAGCUCCCCAUGUGUGAAGAGCUACACUUGCUAAAGUAAGAAGGGACUGAAGUGACAUGAAAGAGCCUGUCCGAGAACAAGUGAGGUACAUCAUAAUUAUAAUUCUCUGUGUUCACCAUGUUAUACAGGUUAAGUACUGUGUAAACUGUAACUAUAACAGUUUCUGACUUCUAAAAUAUAUUCAGUACAAUCAGCUUUUUGAUAAGGUUGUCUGGACCCACGUCUUUUUUUUUUGUCUAGAUUUGUUACAUGUACACAAUUAAAACUGUUUAUUUCUAUGUUGUCAUUUUAAUAUAUGAAAGAAAAGCCUGUUGGUACUCUCGCUAUAUUUUAGCAACUCUGAUCUUUUACAAUGUGUCCUCAUACAGAAUAAUCACAGUGUUAUAACCAAUGAGGUGCCACCUUAUCAGUGCUAUAUAAAUGUACCCACCAAUAAUUCUGUGUAAGUUUAAAUGCAGUUUGUUGUUAUCUUUUUAGCAGUGUCUUUGGUGUUGACAACCUCAGCCUGUUGGUUCGUCUCUCCAUCAAACACUUUGAGCUUUGAAGAAACCAGACAAUUAUUGUACCGCUAUGGGAUGCUGUAAAAACCAUAACUGGUCCCCAGUGGGGAUCCAGAUUACUUUAAAAUUAAAGUAUUCACAUAUCUGUUGA